ACAUAGGCUGACUUCCGGCGUGGCCAUGGCGGCUAACGCGACCACGAACCCGUCUCAGCUCCUGCCACUAGAGCUCGUGGACAAGUGUAUAGGAUCCAGAAUUCACAUUGUGAUGAAGAGUGAUAAAGAAAUUGUUGGUACACUUCUAGGAUUUGAUGACUUUGUCAAUAUGGUGUUGGAAGAUGUCACUGAGUUUGAAAUUACACCAGAAGGAAGAAGGAUUACAAAAUUAGAUCAGAUUUUACUAAAUGGAAAUAAUAUAACAAUGCUGGUUCCUGGAGGAGAAGGGCCUGAAGUAUGAAUGGAUUUCCUUAUGCUAGAUUCUGGCUUUU